UCCUGCGUUCCUCAGCACUCGGGUUGCUGGAGUAGAGAAGCCGCUGGUAUCCACGCUGCGGCUCAGCGGGAAAUGUGUCGACUACAGAAACAAGACAGACGCAAAAACGUAUAAAUGUGUGUCCUGUGGGAGCCGUUUGGGGUUCAGCGUCCUAAUCCUGUAGUGACUAACUGUGCUGUAGGGUGUCAAAUACUGCCUUGUGCACCCUACGUAGUGCGCUAUACGUCUACCAGGGAGCCAUUUGGCAGGUAAGCCAUCAUGAUUCCUGUUACCGAGUUGCGUUAUUUUGCCGAGACACAGCCGGUGUACCGGAUCCUGAAGCCAUGGUGGGACGUUUUUACAGACUACAUUUCCAUCGUCAUGCUGAUGAUCGCUGUGUUUGGGGGCACGCUGCAGGUGACGCAGGACAAGAUGAUCUGCCUGCCGUGCAAGUGGGUAGUAGAUGGACACUGCUUGCCACUAACUAUCAACACAUCCACCCCUCAGCCCGAGCCACGCGGCAUCCAGUACGAGCUGGAUCGGCACCAGUACAACUACGUCGACGCCGUGUGCUACGAGCACAAACUGCACUGGUUUGCUAAGUACUUCCCGUACCUGGUGCUACUCCACACACUGGUGUUGCUAGCAUGCAGCAACUUCUGGUUCAAAUUCCCGCGCACCAGCUCUAAGCUCGAACACUUUGUAUCCAUCCUGCUGAAGUGCUUCGACUCACCAUGGACCACGCGGGCCUUAUCUGAAACCGUGGCUGAAGAAAGCGACGCCAAGCCAGCAGGCAAAAGUGACGAUCGGAACGACUCUAAAGACAAGAAGAAGGCAUCGAGCUUGAGUGAUCAGGACGUGGAGGCCAGCAUACCCAUGCUGCAGCGCACCAAGUCACGCAUCGAGCAGGGAAUCGUCGACCGGUCGGAGACAGGGGUGCUGGACAAGAAAGAAGGAGAGCAGGCUAAGGCGCUUUUUGAAAAGGUAAAGAAGUUCCGCAUCCAUGUGGAAGAGGGUGAUGUCGUCUACCGCCUCUACAUUCGCCAAACCAUCAUCAAAGUCAUUAAGUUCAUUCUGAUCAUUAGCUACACGGUGUACUACGUGCAGUUCAUCAGUUUCGACGUGAAGUGCGAAGUUGGCAUCGAGCGGCUGACAGGUUACAAAAUGUAUUACUGCGCACACCCACUCGCCACCCUCUUCAAGAUCCUAGCCUGUUUUUACAUUUUGUUGGUGAGUAUCUACGGCCUGAUAUGCAUGUACACGCUAUGCUGGAUGCUGGGUCGUUCGCUCAAACACUACUCGUUCGAGUCGAUCCGCGAGGAGAGCAGCUACAGCGACAUCCCCGACGUCAAGAACGACUUCGCCUUCAUGCUGCAUAUGAUCGACCAGUACGAUCCGCUGUACUCGAAGCGCUUCGCUGUCUUUUUGUCCGAGGUGAGCGAGAACAAGCUGCGCCAACUCAACCUUAACAAUGAGUGGACGCUGGAGAAGCUCCGUCAGAGGAUCACCAAGAAUUCACAGGAGAAGCUGGAGCUGCAUCUGUUCAUGCUUAGUGGCAUUCCAGACACGGUGUUCGACCUACUCGAGCUCGAGGUCCUAAAAUUAGAACUAAUCCCAGAUGUCACCAUUCCACCCAUCAUUGCCCAGCUGGCCAGUCUGAGGGAGCUGUGGCUGUACCAUACGCCAGCCAAGAUCGAGGCUCCUGCUCUGGCGUUUCUACGCGAGAACCUCAAGUCGCUGCACAUCAAGUUCACAGACAUCAAGGAGAUUCCCCUGUGGAUCUACAGCCUGAAGAACCUGAGCGAGCUCCACCUUACCGGCAACCUGAGCGCCGAGAAUAACCGUUUCAUAGUCAUCGACAGCCUGCGAGAACUCAAAAGACUCAAGGUGCUGCGGCUGAAGAGCAAUCUCACUAAGCUGCCUCAGGUGGUGACAGAUGUGGGCGUACACCUGCAGAAGCUCUCCAUCAAUAACGAGGGCACUAAGCUGAUGGUGUUGAACAGCCUGAAAAAGAUGGUGAACCUGACCGAGCUGGAGCUGGUGCGCUGCGAUUUGGAGCGCAUCCCUCAUUCCAUUUUUAGCCUCCACAACCUACAGGAGAUCGACCUGAAGGACAACAACCUAAAGACAAUCGAGGAGAUCAUCAGCUUCCAGCACCUGCACCGGCUGGUGUGUCUGAAGCUCUGGUACAACCAGAUCGCGUACAUCCCCAUCCAGAUCGGCACGCUUACCAACCUCGAGCGCCUUUACCUGAACCGCAACAAGAUCGACAAGAUUCCCAGCCAGCUGUUCUUCUGUCGCAAGCUGCGCUACCUCGACCUGAGCCACAACAACCUGAACAGUAUCCACCCUGACAUUGGACUGCUGCAAAACCUGCAGUACUUUGCUGUUACUGCGAACAGGAUUGAGACGUUGCCACCUGAGCUGUUCCAGUGCAAGAAGCUUCGGACGCUGAACCUGGGGAACAACUGCCUGACCGCACUGCCGUCGCGUUUCGGAGAGCUCACUUCUUUGACUCAGCUGGAGUUGCGCGGAAAUCGGCUAGAAGGCCUGCCGGUGGAGCUGGGCGAGUGCCGCAUGCUGAAACGCUCAGGCCUGGUGGUGGAGGAAGAGCUCUUUAAAACUCUUCCUCUUGAAGUAAAGGAGCAGCUGUGGAGAGCCGACAAGGAGCAAGCCUGAGACUGAAAGGAAUGAGAAGCCUGAGAAAUGAGAAGGGAAAGAGAUUGGAAGCAAAAGAAAAAGCUGCAUUUAAAACUCUUUUUAAAAACUCUUUUAUUUGAACAUUUUAAUUUUUUUAGUGUUUUUUUUUAUAUAUAUAUAUAUUAGUUGUUUUUGUAUAUUUAGUGGAAUACAAGGUUGAUCCUUGCAUAAAGCCGAGAAAAGAGCAGGUGGAUUAAUGGAAUGGUGUGGAAUGAAAAGUGUGACAGGUCUAGUCCUGGCUAUACACACAUACACACACACACACACACACACACACACAACACACACAAACGUGUGCAGUGCCACAGGCCAGUACAUGCAAACUAUAAGCUAAGCUGCAUGCAAAUUCUGUGCUAAAUCACAUAAAGACUUAAAGACUGAUGGAAAGGAGAGAAACAAAAGGAUUCACACUCCGACUCAAACACAACUCCAGCAUCUCUCAAGCGUAAUGAAGGACUUUUGCUUAUGUGUGCGUUUGAGACACAAUCGAGCGAUCACCAAAAACAAAAAAGAGGGAUGAUGCGGUGUUCUAAUAAAAUCGUUUCUGUUGUCAAGACAACAGUCCUGCACUAUCAUUUGCCUUAACUCCUUAGAACAGGGAUAUAUCUAAGGAUUUUUUUUUUUUUUUGCCAAAAAAGUAGACUAUUGCAAACUGAUGUUUGUAUGAGACAAUGAUGUGCAUUAAUGUUUUGUUUGACCAUUAAUAGUGGUGUUUCUUUUUUUUUAUUUGUUACGUCCCUACGAUUAUGCUAAUAAAUGAUUCUGGAGACAA